AUGUCGCAACAUCUGAAGCGGCACCACAGUACAGUAGUUCAGUCCCCGGAGACGUCAGCUAGCAGUGCUACUCCAACAACUUCACGCAUCCAACCGUACAACAUUACAGCAAACGAGGGAUUCAAAUACCUGCUUGAAGUGUUGGAGCCAAGGUAUAGCAUACCAGACAGAAGGGUGUUUUCGGACCGAAUAGUUCCUGCGCUUUACGAGAAAGUGAAAGUGGAUGUUCUCAGCUCAAUGGGUCGUGCACAGAGGGUGUCAAUAACGGUUGAUGGUUGGACCUCCUGUGCCACUGAUUCUUACAUUACUGUUACGGCACACUACGUGAACGAAGAGUGGGACAUGCAGUCUCACGUCCUGCAAACGCGAGUGUUUAAUGAGUCUCACACUGGGGUCAACUUGGCUGCGUUGCUGCAAGAUGUACUUCGCGAGUGGAACCUCGGAGAAAAAAAACCUGCCUUGGUGACAGACAACGCAAGAAACAUGCUAGUGGCAGGGGCUGGCGCAGAGAUAACACCCCAUGUCCGAUGCGUAGCCCACACAUUAAACUUGGCCUCGCAAAAGGCACUGAAGGUGGACAGGGUGUCCGAAUUGUUGGUGAAGGUGAGGAAGGUUGUUGCAUACUUCCAUAAAAGCCCACAAGCUGCUGAGGUUUUGAGGAAAAUUCAGUCCCAGCUACGCCUACCCAACCACAAACUUAUUCACGAUGUCUGUACAAGAUGGAACAGCUCUGUGGACAUGCUGGAGAGAUUCUGGGAGCAACAUCCUGCUCUGUUGAACGCUAUGCUGUCGAGAAGGAUCAGGAGGGGAGAGGGCCUGUUAGCAGUGAAUGAGGACGACAUGACUCUGAUCCAGGAAAUCAUCAAGCUGAUGUCCCCUGUCAAAGUGGCCACCACACUUUUGAGUGAAGAAAAAAGCCCAACCAUCUCAAUGAUCGCCCCAAUACAAGCCAAACUCCACAAACACUUCUCCGAAGACAACACUGACCUGCCAAUCAUUGCAGAUAUGAAGCAGCGCUUCAGACAAGAUUUUUUUGAUCGUUACUUGGAUCUCCAAGAACUCCUCUACAAUGCAUCGGGCCUUGAUCCCAGAUUCAAAGACCUGGCUUUCCUUGAUGUGGACUCCAGAGACCUCAUCUUCAUGAAAAUAACAUCUGAGGUGGUGAAGAUGAACGAGCAGACAGGAGACAGUGCUGCACUGUAUGAAGGAGAGGCAGAUGAGGGAGGCAGCGACGGAAGCCCCAGCAGGGAACGGAGAGAUGAUGAUGCCUCGCCCUCUCCUAAAAAGAAGACUGCCAUGGACCAGCUGUUUGGAGAGUUCAUCACCACAAGAACGCCAUUGAAGACCAUGAGGGAGAAAGCUAAGGAUGAAAUUUUAAAAUACAGAGAGAGAGAUUCCUUAGAACUAGGCGGUGAUGUGUUGCAGUGGUGGAAAGGGCAGGUGGACCUGCCACUCCUUUCAGCUUUAGCUAAGGAUUACUUGUCCAUUCCAGCAACUAGUGUGAGCUCUGAGCGUGUCUUUAGCAGUGCAGGGAAUAUUGUCACUGCCCAACGUAGUCUCCUGCACCCUGACCAUGUUGAUCAAUUGAUCUUUCUUAAAAAUAAUUUGAAAAAGACCCAUCUGGGUUAA